GCACCGCCUACCUGAGUCACUAUAACUCACAUGUUCAGCCAGCAUGCUGCUGCACGGACACGGACACGGACACGGACACGGUCCCGGGUCAGCGGAUCCCAGCCCGGCGCGUUUUCCGACUGUUGCGAUCCAGACAGCGUGGACAUAGAUGGGGCGCAGGACCCGUUUUAUCACCUGCCCUCCCGGCGGCGGCGCCUCUAAGCUGCUGGGCACCCGGCGGACGCGAACACCUCCCCGGGAUUAGUGGGUGAGGGAACAAUGCUGCGCCAUUCCCGGCUCACGUUGGCGAGGCGGAGGACGCACAGUCGCCGGGCUCCGAGCUCCCUUCAGCGGCAGUGACGCGAACGCAAGCCUCCUCGCUCGGCCCGGUGUCCCACCCGGCGUGGAUAAUAUGACUUCCUGUCCACGGACAUAUGGCCGCGUCCCUCUGAGUCUCCUGCUCUGCCUUCUAGUGUCGUUCUGCGCAGAAGCAGAAGCGUCUCCUCCGGGCAACAACGUGUGCUCGUCCCCCGAGAUCAAGUCCUGCACCCAGUGUCUCAGGCGUGGACCGCAGUGCUCCUGGUGCUUCAAGGAGGAUUUUCUGGAUGGAGCGGAUUUGAGCCACCGCUGUGACCUCCAGGUGAACCUGCUCAGCAGAGGCUGUGGACCCGAGUUCACGGAGCGCUCAAAGGUCCAAGUGGAGGUCGACGCUACCACAAGCGGCACGCAAGUGUCGCCGCGAGACAUCAGCAUCACGCUCACGCCAGGUUCAGACGCCAGCUUCAUGGUUGCUGUGAAGCAGCUGCCACGUUACCCGGUGGAUCUUUACUACCUGGUGGAUGUCUCCGCAUCCAUGCAAGAAAACCUCGAUCAUCUGAAGACGGUGGGCGUGGCUCUGUCCCUGCGUAUGACGGAGCACUCCUCAGACCUUUGGCUGGGAUUCGGUUCCUUCGUGGACAAGCCGGUGUCGCCUUACAUCAACGUGCAUCCCACCAAGAUCAACAACCCCUGCAGCGAUUACGAGAUCCGCUGCCGCCCCGCCCACGGCUUCCACCACGUCCUGAGCAUGAGCGGGAACAUGAGCGAGUUCACACGCGUGAUCAAACGCCAACGCAUCUCUGGGAACAUGGACACGCCCGAGGGAGGGCUGGAUGCUAUGCUGCAGGCAGCCGUGUGUCAGAGAGCCGUGGGUUGGCGUCCGGAGGCCAAACGUCUGUUGCUCCUGAUGACCGACCAGCCGUCCCACCUGGCCCUGGACAGCCGCCUGGCGGGAAUCGUGGUUCCGCAUGACGGCCUGUGUCACCUGGAAGACAACAUCUACACAGGGAGCACCAGGAUGGACCACCCGAGUCUGGGCCAGCUGUCUGAGAAACUGCUGGAAAACCACAUCCACUCCAUCUUUGCUGUGGAGAAACAACAGUACCAGUGGUAUCAGGAGUUAGUGCACUUGCUGCCCGCCUCCUACCUGGGGAAGAUAGGCUUCUUCCAGUCUCCAAACCUCAUCGACCUGGUGGUGGAUGCAUAUAAGAGCUUGUUGGCGGAGGUGUCGUUGUCCGUGUCGGUGGACGACCAGGCAUUCAGCAGGUACUGGACGUCUGUCUCCCCCAUAUGUCCUAACGGCUCCGCUGCUAAUAACCAGAGCUGCUCGGGGGUGCAGCCCAACCAGACGGUUUACUUCAACGUUACAAUCGGCCUGCGCUCCUGUCCUGACCACGGUGCAGACGAGGACAUUAAAGUGAUGGUUCGCCCUGUGGGCUACAAUGAAUCCACCACGGUCAGGAUCCACUCUAAAUGUCAGUGCAGCUGUGGGCCGACAGGAAGCUGCCGGGACAGCAAUCGGUCGCCGUGCGCCGGGACUUUAGAUGGCGCCGGUCUGGAGCGGUGGCCGCAUCAGGGCCUUUUUAUGAAUGAAUCAAAGUGGCGUUGUCGAGCUGAUGGCUCCAAUGUGGACUGCGGUGGCCGAGGAGUGUGUGAAUGUGGGAGGUGUGUGUGUGAGCACAGUCGACUUGGCACGGUCUUUGGGAAAUACUGCCAGAUGGACGACUUCUCCUGUCCUUAUAAAGGAGGACUGCUGUGUGGGGGACGGGGGAUGUGUGUGUCGGGCGAGUGUGUGUGCGAGGGCGGCUGGACCGGCGACAGCUGCGGUUGUGCCGUCGCCGUAGCAACCUGCCAGUCACCUGACGGGUCGCUGUGCAGUGGGCGGGGCAAGUGUGUGUGCGGCCGAUGCGUGUGCGACGGCCAGGGAUACUCCGGAGACCUCUGUGAGAGAUGUCCUGCCUGUCAGAGCAGCUGUCAAUCAAACUGGAAGUGUGUGGACUGUCACGUGUCUCGUGGUCUCACACGAAAUGACAAACACUGCAACCGCACCUGUGCGUCGGAUGUCAUCCACAUCAAUGCUAUGCUAACAGGAAGCAGGGGGCUUCACUGUAUGUACAUCAGUGGUGACAGCUGUCGCUAUUGGUUCCAAAGCCGCUCAGAGUCUGGACGGGAGCAGCUUCACAUCAGCACCAGAGCAGAAUGUGCCAGUCGAGGCCGGGUGCUUGGGACCUUCCUAAGUGUGUGUGCGCUGACUGUUCUGUGCGGGCUGGUGGUGGUGGCCGUGUCCAGGCUGCUGCUCCAGAAAAGAGGCCGGUCACCAGAGGGCGCCACUCAGGAUGGAGACUACCUCUGCACGGGCAAGGAGCUGGCCUACAUCCCGACGAGCAACGAGAAAACGGUCACGUACAGGAGAGAGCGAGCGCCUGACCACGCGGUGGAGAUGACCGUUCACGUCAAGAUGCCCCUCGGCGAGCCCUGGCAGUGAUGGUGGUGGGACCGGAAAGAAGGGCGACGGACUCGUCCGUGUGAAUCCAACCCGGCCAGUCUGACGGGUGGGGCUGUAGAAAAAAAAGCCUGAUGGAAUCCUUGAGCCAUGCGUUGGGACUGCGAAGGCCAGUAUUGUGGAUCGAAGAGCACAGGAGUCUUCACUCUAAUUUAUGUAUGUGUGUGUGUGUGUGUUCUUGUAUUUAUACCCUUCUUGAGACAUCAACAAGGAAAAGUACCUAACAAGUGAUGACAUAAAUCAAUAACAUUGCAUCUAAUAGAGAAUGUCUCAUUUGCUCCCUGGUGGUGGCAUCUAUCAAAAUGAGGGUGGUCCCAAAAAAGGAGGGAGUUUUCAAAUUGACUGUGUCGCUUUUAAAAGUGCUCCCCCUUCUGGUCAACAUAUGAAAUAACAAGUGUGUGUAAGACAUUGAAAUGCGCCCCCUUUGGCCAAAAUUUAUAAAAACAAUAAAAUAUGUAUAUAGAGACAUACUG